AUGGGUGGCCUCUCUGUUCAGCACCCGUGGGCCUUUACCUUCGGCCUCCUAGGCAACGUCAUCUCCUUCAUGACCUACCUGGCCCCACUGCCGACGUUCUACAGGAUCUACAAGAACAAGUCGACGCAGGGCUUCCAGUCCGUCCCUUACGUGGUGGCGCUCUUCAGCGCCAUGCUGUGGAUCUACUACGCGCUGCUCAAGUCCGACGAGUACCUCCUCAUCACCAUCAAUUCAGCCGGCUGCGUCAUCGAGACCAUCUACAUCGUCCUCUACCUCGCCUACGCGCACAAGCAGGCCAGGAUCUUCACCGCCAAGAUCCUCCUCCUCCUCAACGUCGGCGUCUUCGGCCUCAUCCUCCUACUCACCCUGCUUCUCACGGCGGGUGAGAGGCGCAUCGUCAUGCUCGGGUGGGUCUGCGUCGGCUUCUCGGUCAGCGUCUUCGUCGCGCCCCUCAGCGUCAUCCGUCUUGUGGUGCGCACCCGAAGCGUGGAGUUCAUGCCCUUCUCCCUCUCCCUCUCCCUCACCGCCAGCGCAGUCGUCUGGUUCCUUUACGGCCUCCUCAUCAAGGACAAAUACGUCGCCCUGCCCAACAUUCUUGGGUUCGCCUUCGGGGUUAUCCAGAUGGGGCUCUACGCCCUCUACCGCAACGCUACGCCCAGGCCGGCGCCCAAGGAGGUGGAUGCCCCCGUGUCCGACGAUGGUGCCGUCAAGGCGACCGAGCACGUCGUCAACAUCUCUAAGCUCGGCCCGGCGGCGGCCGCCGUUGAGCUGCCCACGGUGAAGGAGGGGGCGGCCAAGAAGAGCGGCGUGGCCUCCGCCAGCGACGACUCCAAGGGGACACUCGAGAAGCUUGACAAGGCAAUCCAUGUCGAGCAAGUCUAG